CUUUGGGCCUUCUUUUGGGCCUCUCGCAUGAGGCCACACGACAACCAUGAUGAGCAUCAAAAAACAUCGCAGCUCGUAAGCAGAGCUAGUGAGAGUAUAGGGGGAGAAUCCAUGGCGAUUUCUGGGGAUUUGAAGCUAUUUCCAUCGUUCUCUCCUCACUCCCUUCACUCCUGGCGCCCUUCCGUCUCUCGUUCCAAGAUACCAUUUGGUCAGCUUCCGUUUAGAGGAUCUUAUGAUUUCACACACAAAAGUUCGCCCAUCAGAGCACAGUGUUUUUGGAAUAAGGGAGACAAUCUCAGCCACACAACUACCAACAACGAUGCUGAAGGAUUCCUCCUCAAUUCUAUCAGCAAAAGCUUCACUGAGCGGUUGAGUUUGGCUCGGAGGAUAUUAUUCCCAUCAACAACGAGAAACAAGAAUUCCAAUGCACAAAUUGCAAAGCAGAGGCUGAAAAUGAUCCUUUACUCUGAUCGAUGUGAAGUCAGUGAUGAGGCCAAGCAAAAAAUCGUGAGCAGCAUCGUUGAAGCCCUGUCUGAUUUUGUGGAGAUAGAAUCACAGGACAAAGUGCAGCUAAAUGUAUCAACUGACCCUGGGCUUGGCACAGUGUAUUCUGUGGCAGUUCCAGUUCGGCGUGUGAAGCGUGAGUACCAGGAAACUGAAGAGGACUACAGGGGGAAAAUAACAGGCAUAGAGUACAAAGACAAAGGCGAAGGAUCUGGAACUGUGGAUGUGAGGUUCAAUUUCUUUGUACCUGAGGAUAAAUAAUGAGACUGUUUGAAAUGAUGUUUUAGAUUUUUGAAGAAGUGUUUUUAUUGGACCAAAUUUAACCAGUUUGGAGCCUUGAAUGUUAUGUGUACAAAGAAGAUUCGUGAGUCACUUGGUGCUAUGUAUAAUGCUAAGGUUUGAAUGCUACGCGACGUUUUCCAUGAUCAUUGUUAGGUUUCUAAUGUAUGUUGUUCCUUUGAGCAUCAAGGAUGAUGCAUUAUAUGGAAGAUCAAUGACUGAAGCACAUACUUAA